AGUCCUUCCAAAUAGACGAUCUUUGUGUGUAGAUCUGUUGGAGAAAAGCUCUCCCGCGGACUGCUAUGAUAGAGCUACUGGACAACACUUUCCGUUUUCAGUGCUGACCUCUGCUUUUGGGACAGUUUAGCAACGGGGUUUUUUUGGGGGGUGGACUCGUUCACAAAGAAAAGCGUCUUUUAUGAGCGCUGUCCAGCCACUUCUUGUUGGUAGCUGCUGGCCUCUGAGGCUAGCUGGCUUAGCGGAACGGUGACCGAGUGGAGCCAGCUGGUCGGACGGAGAAACAGGAACGUUAGCGAACAAGCUAAUUAGCCAGAAACACUGGGCUUGGAUUAUUCCCUUUAAUCAAACAUAGAGAGCAGGUUGUGCAGGCGCAAUUCACUGCGGCAAAGAUGAAAAUAACCGUGGACUUUGAGGAAUGUCUGAAAGACUCCCCACGCUUCAGAGCAACCAUAGAGGAAGUGGAGGGGGAUGUGUGCGAGUUGGAAUCCAAGCUUGACAAACUGGUGAAGUUGUGUAUUGGGAUGAUAGAUGCUGGAAAAGCCUACAACGCAGCCAACAAGCAAUUUGUCAACGGGAUCCGGGAGCUUGCCCAGCAGUCUGCCAAAGAUGAAGUCAUUGAGUCCAGCCUCACAAAGUUUGCCGAGAGUCUGCAGGAGAUGAUCAACUAUCACACGAUAUUGUUCGAUCAGGCGCAGAGAUCAAUCAAGACUCAGCUGCAAACGUUUGUGAAAGAUGACCUGCGAAAGUUUAAAGAAGCCAAGAAACAGUUUGACAAAGUGAGUGAAGAAAAGGAGAAUGCGCUUAUCAAGAACGCUCAGGCUCCUCGCAACAAGCAGCACGAAGUAGAGGAGGCCACCAACAUCCUGACCGCCACACGCAAAUGCUUCCGACACAUUGUCCUCGACUACGUCUUACAGAUAAAUGUUCUACAGUCUAAGAGAAGAUCAGAAAUCCUGAAAUCGAUGCUGUCCUUCAUGUAUGCCCAUCUGACAUUCUUCCAUCAAGGUUACGACCUCUUUAGUGAACUGCAACCUCUUAUGAAGCAGCUGGGUGGACAGCUGGACCAGCUGGUGGUCGAUGCUGCCAAGGAGAAGAGGGACAUGGAGCAGAAACACUCCACCAUCCAACAAAAGGCUGCUCUGCAGGAGGCGACAGAGCUUGACUUUUUACCAGACCAUCGCAGCUUUUGUGCCUGGAGGUCGACCUCUGAUUUUUCUAAUGACGACACGAAACUGGAGUAUAAUGUGGACGCAGAUAAUGGCAUUGCAAUGGAGGGUUAUCUAUUCAAGAGGGCCAGUAACGCUUUCAAGACUUGGAACAGACGUUGGUUCUCCAUCCAAAACAAUCAGCUAGUUUACCAGAAGAAAUUUAAGGACAACCCGACAGUCGUGGUGGAAGACCUGAGGCUAUGUACAGUCAAGCACUGCGAGGACAUCGAGCGGCGCUUCUGCUUUGAAGUAGUUUCACCCACAAAGAGCUGCAUGAUGCAGGCCGACUCAGAGAAGCUGCGGCAGGCUUGGAUCAAAGCCGUCCAGAACAGUAUCGCCACCGCCUUCCGCGACAAGGGAGACAGCGGCGAGAAGCUGGACAGGAAGUCAUCCACGUCAACAGGGAGUCUGGACUCCGGAGGGGAACCCAAGGAAAGGUCGCUGAAAGGAGAGAGCGCUCUGCAGAAGGUCCUGGCCAUUCCUGGCAACGCCUGCUGCUGUGACUGUGGCCAGCCGGACCCACGCUGGGCCAGCAUCAACCUGGGCAUCACUCUCUGCAUCCAGUGCUCUGGAAUCCACAGGAGCCUGGGAGUUCAUUUCUCCAAGGUUCGGUCUUUAACUUUAGACUCAUGGGAGCCAGAACUGCUGAAGUUGAUGUGUGAACUUGGAAACGGAGUGAUCAACCAGAUAUAUGAAGCUCGACGAGAAGAACUAGGAGCCAGAAAACCACAGCCGGGAGACCCCAGACACGAGGUGGAGGCUUACAUCAAAGCCAAAUACGUGGAUCGACGUUUCGUCCGCCGGCCGUCAGACGAGGAGCUUCGUAACAAGGUUGUUUCUCUGAGCAAAGAGGAGAAGAGGCUGAGCAGCAGCUCGGACCACCUACCCCCUAAAGCCCCUCCGCCCACUCCAAAACUUCGGCCGGGCUCUCACGCAUCUGGACAGUCAGCUGCUGCCUGCGGCAAAGAGGCCCGCCGCGACUCUCUCUUCUGUCCUGAUGAGCUUGACUCGCUCUUCUCCUACUUUGACACCUCCUCCAAGCUCAGGAGCAUGAAAAGUGCGGACAGCGGCAUUCAGAACAGCGCCGAUGGGAGCAGGGAGAUGCUGGCCACCACUCCGUCCAGUAACAGCCUGGCAGAUGCAGAAGCUGCAGAGGCUCCCCCGGUGCCCGCCACGCUCCCGACCGCGUCGCCCUGUAAGGAGGUGGUUUUCUUCGAGCCGAAGGAGUACAGCCCGGGUCUGCAGCUCUACUGGGCGUCCUUCAGCCGCAGCCUGCCGGACAUGGCCGAGGCUCUGGCCCACGGCGCCGAGGUCAACUGGGUCAACACCGAAGAGGAGAAGAGGACGCCACUCAUCAUGGCAGUGCAUGGGGGCUCACUGGUCACCUGUGAGUUUCUGCUCCAAAACGCAGUGAAUGUGAACCAGCUGGACGCUCAGGGCCGAGGGCCGCUGCACCACGCCACCAUGCUGGGACACACGGGCCAAGUCUGCUUGUUCUUGAAAAGAGGAGCAAAUCAAAACGCAGCCGACAUCGACGAGAAGACGCCGCUGAGCAUAGCAGUGGAGGCGGCAAACGCAGAUAUUGUCACAUUAUUGCGGUUGGCCAAGAUGAACGAGGAGAUGCGGGAGGCGGAGGGGCCCUACAACCCGUCAGGGGACGAAACCUACCAGGACAUCUUCCAGGACUUCACCCACAUGGCCUCCAACGACCCGGACAAGCUGAACCGCUACCAGCAGUACGACCCUCAGAAACCCUGACGCUGCGGCCCAGGUCAGACUUUCACCACUUCAAAAAAAAAAAAAAAGGCCUGGAGUGACGUCGGCUUUCCUUGCAGGAUCAUUCGGAAAGAAUCUCAUGUCACUUCUAGUUUUUGUAAGAGCCUGGAAGCACUUUGGUCAACUGAAUAAAAAAAUAAAAAUAAAAAAACCCCUCAUUCAUUCAUUCGCUUUUCAGUUUGACCUUCCUGCUGUCAGCCAAUGGUACAGUGUUAAAGCUGUUUGAAAGGAUCUCAGAUGAAAACUGAACUCUGAAUGUAGAGCAGUCAUCGUUCUUUGACCAAGUUUAACUUCUCCCAUCCGGAUGUGCGAAACAUAUGUAGAGAAGUUAUGAAAAAAAAAAAAAAAAAAAGCCUUUAUUGUUUUUCAUGAACGGUUUGGCCUGUACAUGCUUUUACUUUAUUUGCACAAGUCUCUUCAUGUACUGGAAGCAAACCUGUUAAUAUUUCAUUUGUGAUUUUAAAACGUUGUUGAUUUAAGUAGAUUUGUAAAUGUUAAUAGUUUUAAUGUUUUUGUGCCUGCAGAUUGUAUCAUUGGAAGAUUGGGGGGGGGGGGGGGGGGGGGGGGAAACGUUUUAUCUUAGACUCUCGAACUAAAUGUUGUGGCACAACAAGAAAACAUCAGCCAAACAUGUUAGCUGACAAGUUUUCUUUCACAUCAAUAAUACAUCAUAAGAAACAAAGACAAAGCUACUUUCAGUACUGAAAAGGUGUCACACUUAAACGUUUUGAGUCAUCAAAUUUAAUAAUCAGGUGAGUAAAUACAGAAUAUGGUUUAUAUAGAGUGUAAAUCUAAUCAAAUUAACUUAUCCUCACUAGAGCAAAUACCUGGCAGAAAAUGGAAUGUUUUCCCAGAUGUUUUGGGAUCCUUAAGCUAUUUUUUGGGGGGGGAGGGUUUUUUGCGCUAAUGAGUCGGAUCUUUGACUUCUUUUUCCCCGUCUCUUUCUUCCUGUUGAAUCGUGAACUUUGACCCUCACCAAGGCACUGGAGGCCUACUCUUGCUGCUCUUUGAGUGACUUCUCUUCUCCAGUUUUGAAUAAUGACUUUACUGGAAUUCACUAGCAUAAAAAUAAAUAAAUAACGUUUAAAAAAAAGCCCUAAAAUGUCUUUGUAACCCUUUCUAGAUCGACAUCCUGACUGCUUUUGUUUUCUUAAACGCAUUUUGAUCAGGGCAUGACGAGUUGUUCUGCUUCGUGUUCUUGUGUCAACAAAUGAAGCAUCUUUUCAACAAGGGGGGUGAUUGCGAAUUCACAUGAGGCCAGCUUUACUCAGCUUCUCUUUGUCUUGAAUUAAUGUUCACUUAAUGAUCUGAAACAUUUAAGUGUGACGAACAAAACAAGAACAACUGAAAACCCGUAAAGGGAAAAAUCCUUUUUUCACUGCAGUGCAGCUGUUACCUCAGUGGUGUCCGAAGUCGGUCCUCGACAGCCGCUACCCGCAUGUUUUACCUGGUUCAACACACCUGAAUAAAAUGACAGCUCAUUAGCAGAAACAGGAGCAGGAGGAGGUGAUUGGACCAUUUGAAUCAGCUGCGUUAGAGCAGAGACGUCUAAAAUGGGCAGGACACCAGCUACGCCACAACAUUUAGCUACAGAGUUGUUGCUCCUCUUCUUGCUCUUCUGCUGCUCAUCUUGCAGAAGAAAACAGAGAUCAGCCCAACAAUCAUAGUAGAAAUGUCCGUUUUUGAUCAAUUUGCAGACAGUAGCAGUGCAUUGUUUGUAAUUAUCCAGCCGAGCCGGAGCUGAUGCAUAUGGGCAGACAGCAGAGGGUGUCAUGAAUGAGUUUUCAUUUUUAUUGACUGCAUUUCUUUUUCAGUUGAGGAAAAGAAGCUUAAAGUGUUUUUGUUGAAUGAAACUCAAUUCAACGUUUGUAUCUAGGAUCUUAGUUUAGGAAUUUGCCUACAUUUCUGAAUAAGUUCCCAAAUGUAGAAAUUCAGUUUUAAAGUUUAGAUGGUGAUUUCAGCAUUUUGUGCUGAAAUCAGGUUAAAUAUGACACAGCUCUGUUUUAUCCUGUAAGUUCUCUCUUUUUUUUUGUAAUCUCUUUGAUAUUCUGUGUAGAUUUUUCUGAUCAGAGGACAAAUCUGUCCAAAGCAACAUGGGAUACAGUUUUUGUACAUUUUGUACAGAUGAUUUCAAAUUCUCAAGACUGAAGUAUGGAGUUAGAGGUACUUGAAUGAUUUAAAUAAGCUUUUAUAUAUGCUGUUUGUAUCCUUUGAUAAACAUAGCCUGUUUUUAUAUGUGCCGUCUGUUCGCCUGUAUACAUGUACUGUAUAAUACACCUGUAAUGAUAUCUGCAAGGUCUUAAAUACACAGAAACAAAUGAUUCACC